UUUUUUUUUUUUACGGUUUCCCGUGAAAAAUAUAUAAAACAAACAAUAAACGAUUAACGCGUCCCGAGGGUUUUCUUCAUCGAUGCGUCGUCAUCGGUAACUGUCCCUGGACGCGAACACGUUUUCCGAUCCCGCGACCGGAACCGGACUAUGAUAGACGCUCCACCGCACGCGUUUUCCGUAAUCCUUUCCUUCGCGGGCUAACCGUCUUCGCCGCGGUCGACGCGAACGCAACAACGGAACACGCGGAUCGCGCUACCCGGGACCACAACCCCAAGCCUCUCGGAGGGCUUCUUCCGGUCCACUGACCAUCAUGAUGUUAGAUACACGGACGGCUGCGUAAGAGCUGCACAACAAACGCGACACACCGACAAUGUUACCACGAAGCGGAGUCAUGGCCACGUGGGCCGUCAUUAUACUGGCCGCGGCCGCGAUGAUACGGGCCCACUGCCCAUCCAACUGUUCAUGCGAUGAUGACACGCUGGUGGUGCUGUGCAAGGAGGGCAACCUGGACGUGAUUCCAAUCACGCUGAACCCGUCCAUACAGCGACUGAUGCUCAUGUACAACCGAAUCAAGAUCGUGGACGCGUCGUUCCAGUUCUACGGGGCUCUGCAGUACGUGGAUAUGUCGCACAAUCACCUGGUGAACGUACCAAACAAGGGGUUCGAGGCGCAAGAGAAGCUGGUCGAGCUGCAUCUGAACCACAACAAGAUCUCGUCAAUCAAUAACAAGACGUUCAUAGGGCUGGUGUCACUGACCAUACUGAGCUUGCGCGGCAACUAUCUGGAGGACCUGCCGGACCGGCUGUUCGCGGCCCUACCCAAGCUUGAGGAGCUGGAUCUGGGUGCGAACCGCAUCAGUCGCAUCGACCCGGCCUCGUUCCAGGGCCUGACCCGAUUGCGAGUGCUCUACCUGGACGACAACCAGCUACGGGCCGUGCCCACGCCCGCGUUCAAGUUCCUGGGCAACCUGGCCGAAAUGCGCAUCGGCCUGAACGCGUUCACCACGCUAGAUGACGACUGUUUCGCCGGUCUCGGUCGACUGUCCGUGCUCGAGCUGACCGGCGCGGCUCUCAUAAACAUCAGCACGGACGCGUUCAACGGGCUCACCGUGCUCCGGCGACUGGUGCUCACCGACAACCGGUUGUCGGCCAUACCCACCAAACAGCUGUCCGGGUUGGCGCGGCUGGAGGAGCUGAGCGUGGGCCAAAACGACUUCAUAUCCAUCGAACCGGACGCGUUCAAGGGGCUGGUCAACCUGCGCAUGGUGGACGUGUCGGGCGCGUCGCAGCUGUCAGUCAUCCGGAAGGGUGUGUUCAACGACAACUUAAACCUAGAAACGAUCAACUUCAGCAGCAAUAAGCAGCUGGCUACCAUAGAAGACGGCGCGUUCAUGGGACUGCCGAACCUGCGUAACCUAAUCAUGCGCAACAACGCGUUCACAUCAUUCACCGAGGCAAUGGUUACUUGGCAGGAGCUGCAGCAGAUCGAUCUUACCGAGAACCCGUUGGUGUGCGAGUGCUCGGUGCUGUGGCUCAAAGAGUUGCUGGCCCGACGCAACACCAGCCACGUGAAUUGCGCUAGCCCCGCGCCGCUCAAGGACAAACCACUCAGCUCACUCGGCUCCGACGACCUGUCCUGCGCCAAGUACUACACGCGGCAGCAGGCCAUCGUGGGUGCUGUAUUCGGGUGCACCGUUGCGUUCAUAGCGCUUAUGCUGCUGCUGGCCUAUCGAUUCCGCAAGCGGCUGCACCACUCGCUGAAGAAGACGUUUUGGAACAAGGAGACGGUGAACCGUAAAGACCUGGAGUACCAGAAAACGUUCUCGGACGACGAGUUUAUCGUGCGCAACUCUAACACGCACCACCACCAUCAUCACCACGUGCCGCCACCACCACCACCACAUAAUAGCCAGCAGCACCACGGAACCCAGCAGUACCAUGGCCAGCACCAGCAUCGUGGUGUUCAACAGCAGCAGCAGCAAAAACCGCAGCAUCAUCACUUACAGCAUUUUCAGCAACACCUUCAGCAGCAGCAGCAGCAACAGCAGCAGCAACAGCAUCAGCAGCAGAGCAACGAUCAUCACAUGAUGAUGAUGAUGAUGUCACCCACGCCUCCACCUUUGCCACCGAUGCACCACGGGACGUACAGCCAUCACAGCCAACACUCGUACCAGCCGCACCAGCAGCAGCAGCAACGCCAUCAGAACACGAUGCCGCAUCGCAACGAUAAGCCGAUACCGGUGACGGAACUGUAGCUAGAGCUUUUCGCCUCGACGCCGGCAGGCGAGAGGCGAUACCAGGCAGCCGGUACGUCUGAUGGAACUACUAGCGUCACUGGGUUCUCGUACAUCUCCGGUGAAAUCUGUAAAUACGGUGGCCAAACCCUAAACAAUCGAUCUCUGCCGCCACCCGGUUACCGUGUUUACCACCCGCACUCGCUUCGUCGUUUUUGCGACUCUUAAAAAAAAAAAAAAAAUGUGACUACCUCCCCCCUCAUUAUCUCACCCCGAAAACUGCCCCAUCGCACGUUUUCCCCUACUCCUAACCCUUCCGAUGUCGCUUUGUCAUUUGGGCGAGCUAACGCACAACGAUCACCGCCCUCUCACCACCACGUGGCCGAAGCGUUAAUGUUCUGAUCACGGUAAUUCGGUGGCGGAGCCAUUUGCAAACCGGUUCAUCAAUGUGCAGCACCAAGUACCGCAUAAUGGACCUGUAUAGCGAAUACGCGAACGCGAAAGAGUUAAUAGACUGUGUACCAGUAGUUUCGUCAAAUGUCACCAAUAUUGAAGGGUAACGGCGAGUACGCCACCGCGCCGUGUAAAAACACAUCAAAGUAUAACUGUACUUGGAGAACGUUUGACUCAUAUGAUUUAGAUCUAGUCUUAGGAUAUUAGUUGAAAAAAAAUUAAACAAUGAAAUUCGAUCAACAUUUCGUCAAUAUCCGAACCGAUCGAAAACAAAAUAUGUACUAAGGUAUUUUUUUUUUUAUUUUUUACUCUGUGUAUCAUUCAAAACGACUUCGUCUCCUCUUGUUCGAGUCAGGCGUUCUUCAAUUUAUUAAUUAAAUAUUUGAUUGUUGCAAUCCAAACCCGACGAUUUAUUGUGUUAACGAUGAUAUUUUAGAAAUCGUCGUCCGUAGCAGUUCUCUACUUUUUUUAAGAUUAUUAUUAUCUAUAUGUUAUAUAUUAAUAUUUAUAAUUACUAACUUAAAUAAUAUUAUUGCUAUAUCUUCUUUUUGUUUUUGUAAUGUUUCAAAAUAUUAUGUCAUAAUAUAUUCUACCUAUUCAAUACGAUUUCAUAUAUAGAUUGUUUACCUACAUCGUAAUACUGUACUAUUAUGGUGUAUUUUUUCUAAUAAAAGCUAAGCGAAGAGCGUAAAAAAAAAAGUGUUUAUGUAUAAUAUGUUCGAUUUCGAUUAU